AGGCCACGUGACCAACGCAGCCGAAUCUGGCGGAACGGUGCGCGACUGGUGUCGUUCGCGCCGUGCCGGUUUUGCUUGAGGAAGACAGCGUCGGCAGGCUUCGCAUCGCGCCCUUUGUGCGAACGGUUGAACGCACCAUGAACGACAGGAUGAACAUGGCGCCGGCUCAGUCGGCGAUGGCCGAUCGUUGGAACGCCAACGCCGCUGCCGCAGAGUCCAGGGGCCUGCCCGCCCGCGACAGUCCACAGCCACCGAAAGGCCGUUGGGAGCGCCCACGCGGAGCGAUGGCCGCGGCGAUGGACCCGGUGCUGGAGCAGCUCUCGUACUUGCGCGGCCCCACCAGCGGCCUCGAGACACGCACCGUCGAGCCAAAAAAGUUCACCGGUCGGUGCCGCCUGUUCGUGGGAAACCUGCCGAACAACUUUACCGAGGAACAGUUCCGCAAGCUCUUCGAGAACUAUGGCGAAGUCGCCGAGAUAUUCCUUAACACCGCCAAGGGCUUCGGCUUCGUCAAGCUGGAUACCCGGCAGAAUGCUGAAGCAGCUAAAGCUGCCUUGGAUUUUAUGCCAAUGCAGCAGAAACCACUACGUGUGCGCUUUGCGACCCAUGGGGCUGCCCUCAGAGUGAAGAACUUCAGCCAGUGGGUGACCAAUGAGCUCCUGGAGCUAGCCUUCUCAGUCUUCGGAGAGGUUGAAAGAGCUGUGGUCAUUGUAGACGAUCGUGGUCGCUCUGUGGGCGAGGGCAUCGUCGAGUUCUCGCGCAAGCAGGCAGCCCAACAGGCACUGAAGCGCUGUUCUGAGGAGUGCUUUAUCCUGACAAGCACCCCUCGUCCUGUGGUGGUUGAACCGCUGGAGCAGCGCGAUGAAGAUGAUGGCCUGCCAGAGAUGAACUUCCAGCCAAACAACAAGCAGUUCCAGAAGGAGCGAGAGGCGGGUCCCCGGCUGGCUGAGGUGGGCUCGUUUGAGUACGAGUUCGCUAUGCGCUGGAAGAAGCUGUACGACGAUGAACGGGCACGUCGCGAGCAGCUCGAGCAGGACGUCCUGUCAUGCCGCCGCUCACUCGAGGACCAGAUGGAGGCACUUCUCUACGAGCACGAGGCCAACAUGCUGCGCGAGAGUUGGCAGCCAACAGAUAUUGAAUGCGAGUUGAGCCAUUGGUACCAGCCUGCUGCUGUUCCAGAAGUGGGACAUCCAAAUCGUAAUUAAUUGCCCUCUGGCUAGGACACCUCAUGAGUUACUACUUAUUCAAAGGGAACACAAUGGGAU